AUGCAGAAGCCAAGGCACAAAGAGGGACUUGCCCAUGGUCACACAGCUAGUCAGCAUGGGAGUAACAGCUUUCACAUGUUCUCUUUCACACAGGGAUCAGGGUUUCAGUCCUUGGCAGUCCAGAUGAAUCCUAACUGCAGUACCACAAGGAGUGACUUCUCCCAGACUGUCACCAUUCUGUACUUGUCUGUCCUCCUGGUCCUGGGGACUGUCCUCAAUGCCCUGGCCCUGUGGGUGUUCUGGUGCCGGAUGAGGAAGUGGACAGAGACCCGGGUGUACAUGGCCAACCUGGCUGGGGCAGACUGCUUCCUGCUGCUGAGCCUGCCCAUGGUCCUGUACACAACAGUCAGGGACCACUCGGAGGACUUGCUGUGUAGGGUAUCCCAGAGCAUUUACCUGAUCAACGGUUACAUGAGCAUGUACGUCAUUACCGCCAUCGCUGUCGAUCGCUAUGUUGCCAUCCAGUAUCCUCUGCGGGCCAGGAUGUGGCGCUCCCCGCGUCAGGCUGUGGGCACCUGUGCUCUCCUCUGGCUGCUUGUCAUCUGCCUGGUUUCUUUACCUGCUGUCUGGAAGCUAGACGGCCAGAACUUCUGCUUUGGGAAGAGUCAGACUCGGGGCUCCUGGGCCAUUGUUUUCUCCUUGUUCCUGUUCUUCAUCCCUCUUGUGGUCCUUGUUUUCUGUUCUGUGCGGGUACUCCAGAACCUGGUCAGGAAAAAAGCACAGGUGCCAGCCCAGGACAGGAGGCUGAUCCACAAAGCUCUCUGUGUGGUUUCAGCUAAUCUGGUCAUCUUUGUGGUCUGCUUCCUCCCCCAGCAUGUGGCUUUAUUGGCCAAGCUCAUGACUGAGUAUGUGGAGACCUCCUGCCCUGUUGUUCAGCAUGUGGUCACUUCUAUCAGGUUGACCUCCCGCCUUGCCAAUGCCAAUUGCUGCUUGGAUGCCGUGGGAUAUUACUUUGUAGCCCAGGAGUUCCAGGAAGAAGUAGGGGUGUUCCUAGGCAUGCCCAAAUUCCUCCAGAGUCAGACUCAAGGCAGCCCAGACACUGACCACCCAGACCUCUCUGAACAAGGAAAAGUGGAGAUAACCUCAGAGAGUUCCCAAGCAUUGCAUUCCAGUUAAGGGGACCUGUGAGGUAGCUUGGCACACAAGGAAGUAUUUGGAAUUUGGUGUAAAAGGCUUAUCUCUAUUUACCACCUGACUCCCUAAGAGCAGGGCCCUCAAGAUGGUGCCCAGCUCAGUGAACCCAGGCUCUCCCUUAAUGGGCUCUCCUGGGCCAGUGGGGACAUCUUGGAGGUUCGUCCAGGAUGUGAGGGUUGGAGUUCCAACCCAUUCCAAGUGCUUAAUCCCUUCUGGGGAGCUUCACAGACAUUUAGGACUUGUCAGAGGUUGUUCCAUUUCUUUCUGAACUAGGUUGCUUGUUGCAUGGCCCUGGGAGCAGGAGAAAUCUAGGUUUGCCUCAGCCUCACGUACCUCCUAGCUAGGUGACAUUGGGCAAAUGACUCCCUGUCUUGAGGCCACAGCUUCCUCAUUGGGAAAAUAGGGGGAUUGGACUUAAGAAUCUCCAAGGUCCCUCCCAGCUCUGACACUCCAGGAUUCUCUGAUUCUGAAUGCUUUACUCUUCCCAAGGUUCUGUUUUAAGUAGAGCCUGGAGAGGGUAAUGUUGAAUCUAAAGGAGCAGGGCAGUGCGCUACCAUGGACAGUGCCCUGGAUUUAGGCUGUCUAACCUGUAUGACAUUCAGCAAACCUGUUCUGUACAAGGAGAAGGGGUUGGACCAGAUGACCUCUAAAUGUAUUAUUCCUUUUUUUUUACAGGGGGGAAGACAGGGCAA